CAGAGAGGGGCCUCUGACCCCAUCCAGACCCAGAGUCCCGCCCUCUGGCUGUGACUGACAGAUAGCAUCGGUGUAUCAUGGCUCCUUAUCAGCCGGCUCUGCCUGAUCCCUCUGAUCUGGGAUCAGCCCCCGCAGCCAGAGAUGGCCACUCUAUGUUGCCUGCAAGUCAUUGGGUGUGUAUUUCUUGGAGGGGGUGAGCUCAUGCUUUCAAUAUAAAGACGCAUUGAGUGAAGUGGGACCAUGGGCCAAGUCUGGAGUGUGAUUGUGCUGCUGAGGCACACAUCCAAACUCAGGUGGGGUCGGACCUCAGGGUGAGUUAUAGGAGGGGUGGUGCAUGGAAGAUGUCUGGAAAACGCGACUGGACUCCAUGGAUAAGAAAAAGAAGCGUCCCCGUGUUGUGCGCUCUGGGCACAGUUCUGCUAUGUUGCCUUCAGAGCAGCGCUUCAGUCGUUGAUGAAGUCCCGGAGUUCACCGAGGAGCCCGUCUCAGUGGUGCAGAAGCUUGGAGGCAGCGUGAGCCUGCGCUGCGCCGCCCGCCCCGCGUCCGCCUCCAUCAGUUGGCGCCUGAACGGCCGGCAGCUUGUGGACGGAGACCUCGGCGUGGCGCUGGGGCCCGGAGGCUUGUUCAUCGCCACGCUGUCCAAUGUGACGUUAGGCCGCUACCAGUGUGUAGCCAGCAACCGGGUUGGGGCCCUGGCCAGUGUGCCCGCUGACGUCACCGCAGCCAAGCUGCGUGACUUCGAGCCCGACGACCAGCAGGAGAUCGAGGUGGACGAAGGCAACACGGCCGUAAUCGAGUGUCACCUCCCGGAGAGCCAGCCCAAGGCGCAGGUCCGCUACAGUGUCAAGCAGGAAUGGCUGGAGACAUCCAAAGGGAACUACCUCAUCAUGCCAUCAGGGAACCUGCAGAUCGCCAACGCCACACAGGAAGACGAGGGCCCGUACAAGUGUGCCGCUUACAACCCCGUCACCCAGGAAGUCAAGACGUCGUCCUCGGCCGACCGCCUGCGCAUACGCCGCUCCACGUCAGAAGCGGCCCGCAUCAUCUACCCGCCGGCGUCGCGCUCCAUCAUGGUGACCAGGGGCCAGCGGCUGGUGCUGGAGUGCGUGGCGAGCGGCAUUCCGACGCCGCACGUGACCUGGGCCAAGGACGGCCAGGAGCUGCGAGUCCACAACAACACCCGCUUCCUGCUCAGCAACCUGCUGAUCGACGCAGCCGCCGAGGGAGACUCGGGAACGUACGCCUGCCGGGCCGACAACGGCAUCGGCGCCGCCGUCGCCGCCACUGUGCUCUACGACGUGCAAGUGUUUGAGCCUCCUCAGGUGGCGGUGGAUCUGCAGCAGCAGGAGGCGGCGUUCGGCGAGACGGUGCGCUUCACCUGCCAGGCCCGCGGCAAGCCCGUGCCCGCCGUCACGUGGCUGCACAACGCCGUACCCCUGUCGCCGUCGCCGCAACACCGCCUCACAUCCCGGAUGCUGCGCGUCGCCAACGUGGGCCCGCAGGACGAGGGCCUGUACCAGUGCAUGGCCGAGAACGGCGUGGGCAGGUCGCAGGCGUCCGCGCGACUCAUCACCAUAUCCACUGGGAUUCCACCCAGGGCCAAGCUGCCCCUCAUGUAUCGCCCGCUCAGCCCGGACAAAGUUCUGAGGGAGCAGCCGCCCGUGAGGCCCGGCGCCGCGGGGGCCACAUUGCCUCUGGACUGCGCGACGCUACCGGGUCAGAUCCUGCCCGCCGAGGCGCCCAUCAUCCUCAGCCAGCCUCGUACGGGCAAAGCCGACUACUACGAGCUCACGUGGAGGCCGCGGCACGAGCGGGGAGCCCCUGUGCUGGAGUACAUGAUCAAGUACAGAAAGGUGGGCGACCCGUUGGCCGAGUGGACGUCCAGUAGCAUCUCGGGCUCCCUGCACAAGCUGACGCUGGCCAAGCUGCAGCCGGACAGCCUCUACGAGGUGGAGAUGGCAGCCAAGAACUGCGCCGGCUUGGGCCAGCCGGCCAUGAUGACCUUCAGGACGGGAAAAGGUCGUAAAGGAUUAGGAGGUCAUAAUGAUCUGCCUAAAACUCCCGCGGUUCCGUCGCCAAGCCUUUCGCUCUCCUUUUCACUUCUGUCUGCUGGAUGGACUCUCACUCCUGAGGCGCCGGACAAGCCGACGGUGUCCACGGCGACGGAGACGUCCGCGUACGUGACGUGGAUCCCGCGCGGCAACCGCGGCUUCCCCAUCCAGUCGUUCCGCGUUGAAUACAAGAAAGUGAAGAAGGCGGGAGAGGACUGGGUGACGGCAGUGGAGAACAUCCCGCCCUCGCGGCUCUCAGUGGAGAUCACUGGCCUGGAGAAAGGAACGUCAUAUAAGUUCCGGGUGGUGGCGGUCAACGUGAUCGGGUCCAGCCCGCCCAGCGCCCCCUCCAAAGCCUACACGGUGGUGGGCGGGAGGACCCACGAACGCCCCGUAGACGGACCCUACAUCACCUACAACGAGGCCAUCAAUGAGACCACCAUCAUUCUUAAGUGGACGUACACGCCGGUGAACAACACGCCCAUCUAUGGGUUCUACAUCUACUACCGGCCCACCGACAGCGACAACGACAGCGACUACAAGAAGGACGUGGUGGAGGGCGACCGCUACUGGCACUCCAUCGGCGACCUGCAGCCCGAGACGGCGUACGACAUCAAGAUGCAGAGCUUCAACGAGAAGGGCGAGAGCGACUUCGGCAACGUGGUCAUUCUGGAGACCAAGGCCCGCCCCCACCACCACAGGCCCGCCCCCUCCGAGGUCCCCAAGCGCGACACUGGCCGCUCUGCGGGCGGCCCGGUGCCUCGGCCCGGCGACCUGCCCUACCUCAUCGUGGGCGUGGUCCUGGGGGCCUUCGUCUUCAUCAUUGUCGCCUUCAUCCCCUUCUGCCUGUGGCGGGCCUGGGCCAAGCAGAAGCAAAUGUCGGACUUGUGCUUCCCCGCUGUGGCCGCACCGGUGUCGUCGUCGUGCCAGUACACUAUGGUGCCCCUGCAGGGUCUGGCCCUGGUGGGGCACUGCCCUGCUGACGGCCACCUGACAGUCCCGCACGCCGUUUACCCUCCCAACGGAGAUUACGGGCACAACGGCAAAGCCCGCCACAACCAGCACCUGACCCGUAGUUUACGCCCGGAGGAGGCGGACUGCGACACGGAGUGCGACACUUUGCUCCCGCACGGACUCGCCAAUGGGUACUUCUCCGCCAGACAUCCGGACGGCUACGAGCAGACGUUCCGGUCGGCCGACGAUUCCUCGUGCCGGAUUCUAGCGUGUUCCCGUCACCUGGACGGCGCGCAGGACGCGGACGCGGCUGGGGCCGAGGAGGAAGAGGCGCUUUCCCAAAAACUGGCGUUUUUCCCACCCGUCGUAUCUCUGGAAGAUGAAGGAAUUUUCACCGCGUCGUCGUCGACAGCCACGACGCCGCGAUCCCAAGACGCUACAGCACAGGAAGCCGACGUCCUGCCCAGUGAAGCGAUGUACGCGUAAUAACAACAAAACAAGACUGUUUCAAAAGAAAUCUAUUUAUUUUUGUAUCGCAGAUAUUUAUAUAUUUAUGUCUUUGUACAUACUGUAUGUUUGAUAACUGUAUAUAAGGUUAUUUUCAUAUCGAAAGAGGCUCUAUUCACAAGUCCCACCCUUUUGUCACCAGCUAUUAAAUAAAAAAAUCUUUUUAUGCACAA